GUGAUAACAUUAAAAAUGACAUUGAGCAUGAAUACAUCAUUGAGGAUGAAAUCAUUGAAGAUGAUAAUAUUUUUGAAGAUAAUUCCGCUGAAAAUGAUAUAUUUAAAGAUAAUACCACUGAAAAUGACACUAAUAAAGAUAAUAUCGUUGAAUAUAAUGUCAAAUAUAAUAUUGUUGAAACGGAGGAUGAAGAGAUUAAUAUGAAAUACUGUCAAGAAAAAACCUGUAAUUUCAUGUUCCCAUAUUUUCACCCAGAACAAGAAACUCGUGCCAACCUUCAUGUUCGCAUGUACAUAGAAUUAGCACGAGCUAUAAAUCGUACGAUAGUACUAUCAAAUAUUGGAAAUUCACGAAUUAGAGUGUGUAAACCAUAUACAUUCGACUUUUAUUUUGAUGUACAAGCAUUACAAGAACAGUAUCCAGACGUUCGAUUCAUAACACAAGACAAAUUUUUGGAAUGGACAAAAGAAAGGAAAACUCGACCAAUUGCGCAACAUUCAUUGAUGAUUGAAGAUGGUAGAAAUUAUACUGCCAAUUUAUGCCUUCAAGAAAAAGAGACUAUGG